UACAAUUAGAUUGGAUUGGAUUUUACGGGCUCAAGCAAUCAUGGUCCUUACUGUUGUUCAAUCCAAGGAAGAAGCAUCCUCCACCUUCAUCAAUUCCAUUUUCGCCACGAGAUAUGUUCGGGACCCAUUGCCAAGGUAUAGGAUGCCGGAGAAUCCAAUUCCAAAGGAGGUGGCCUAUGAGAUAAUCCAUGACGAGUUGUUGUUAGACGGUAAUCCGAGGCUUAAUUUAGCUUCGUUCGUGACCACAUGGAUGGAAACGGAGUGCGAUAAGCUGAUCAUGGAGUCGAUGAACAAAAAUUACGUUGAUAUGGAUGAAUAUCCCGUCACCACAGAGCUUCAGAAUCGAUGUGUGAAUAUGAUAGCUCACCUUCUCAAUGCGCCCGUCGGUGAGAAAGAAACUGUGGUCGGAGUGGCGACGGUUGGAUCGUCGGAAGCGAUCAUGUUGGCCGGGCUUGCAUUCAAGAGGAUUUGGCAGAAGAAGAGAAAGGCUCAGGGAAAACCCUACGACAGGCCCAACAUUGUCACUGGUUCAAACGUACAGGUUUGUUGGGAGAAAUUUGCACGGUAUUUUGAAGUCGAGUUGAAAGAAGUGAAGUUGAGAGAAGGUUAUUAUGUCAUGGAUCCGGUGAAGGCGGUAGAAAUGGUUGAUGAGAAUACGAUAUGCGUCGCAGCGAUCUUGGGUUCGACCCUCACCGGAGAGUUUGAAGAUGUUAAGCUUCUAAACCAUCUUCUCAUGGAGAAGAACAAGAAAACUGGAUGGAAUACUCCAAUCCACGUGGACGCAGCGAGCGGUGGAUUCAUCGCGCCUUUCCUGUACCCCGAUCUGGAAUGGGAUUUUCGGCUACCGUUGGUGAAGAGCAUCAACGUGAGCGGACACAAGUACGGACUCGUCUAUGCUGGGAUCGGAUGGGUGAUAUGGAGGAGUAAGGAAGACUUACCUGAGGAACUCAUCUUCCACAUCAACUACCUUGGAUCUGAUCAACCAACCUUCACCCUCAACUUCUCCAAGGGAUCAAGUACGAUAAUCGCACAGUACUAUCAGUUCCUUCGCAUGGGCUUUGAGGUAAUUAUCCAUGUCAUUAACAGAUAUUCUCUACCAUGA